AAAAUUUGAUGUUCGUCCGUGUUCGUCAAUUAAACAGAAAAAACAACGGGAAUAACAGUUUUCCAAUAAAAAAGCGUCCUAAAUAAGAUGUACAAACUAAAUCGGCAUCAUUGAACAUUGAAGUGAAUCCCCAGUUCUGUGUUAAUUAGCUGUAAACAGGAAUACCGCGGUAGGCUGUCUUAGAAAUAAAUUGUAUGUGUCUCUUUCGUUGUGUAUUAGUGUUAAAAAAAAUACACCAAACUUCAAUGAGAGUGUGUGUGGUGUCUUUCGUUGAGUUUUCUGAAUGUAAAAAAAAAAUUCUCUCUUUCGAUAUGGUGAAAAUCGCUAAAUAAAUCGCUGAGUAUACCUACAAAGCGGAGACACGGACACGAAAUGAUGGAAUUACGGAAAAUUUAAUUUAUUAAUGGAAAGACGAUCACUUACAAACUGUUAAUAUCAUCGUCAGCUAGUGUUUUAAGGCAAAUGAUAGAGAAUUUCUGGCGAUAUAAAGACAAUAUAAGGUUUUGGCAUAAUUUAGUCUUAUGCGUUGCUGAAAUCGCGAUGCAUGCCACAUCUAACGGUUGAAAUCCGAAGUAGAAAUAAAGUGUCAAAACGAGUGUACAUAUAAUUUUUGAAUCAGUUCAUCAUCAAUGGAAAUCUGUGUCCAUUGAUUUUUUUAUUUGAUUAAAGUCGAAAUUUACAAGGAAAUUAUUUUAGAAAAAUGUUCAAAUCUGUGCUGUACAUGGAAUAUCGUACGAAAUGAUGACGUUUUAAGUGUUACGUACAUUGGAUACGCGUUCGAAAAGCAUUUUAUACUCGGUCGGGUGUUGGUUAAGCAACCAACUUUCUAGUUUCGCGUUUUUUUUUUGUGUGUGUUGUAUACCAGCCAACCAAGUGAUGUCGAAUUUUGUGAAUUUUCUCGAAACAAAAAGCACCAAAUGCUACUGAUGGAGGUCCAAGGAAUGUAUUUGUUGAAUUUUGUCCAUUGUGUUGGGUGUUGGCACCGAAACUAACAGCAAAUGCAGUCUCUCGGUAAAAAGAAGAGCUGCUGCGUAUUUCUUCUUAGUAUGUUAAAAUGGCGCAACAACAAACUGAAAACGUAAACGAUAUUCAAUCCAAUGAAAAUACAUUAAACGAAUCGAAAAACUUGCAAAAUGGUGUUGAAAAUAAAAAUGUGUCACAAAAUUAUCGUGUAAAUACCGUCGGUACCGUUGUAGGAAUGAGUGAACAAAAAAGUAAAUCGCCGGGUGCCGUCGGUGCGAAUAAUGGAAAUGGUGGUCCUCCGCAACCGAUCGAUCAUUUACCCGCUCCAAUUCAUCCAUACGGUGAACAUCCUUCCAGCGGUCAUCUGCCACCCGAAAAUAAAGAUGAUCCGCACAAUAUGUACGGUCCUCCGCAUCCGAUGCAUCAUCCACAGCCGCCACAAGGAUACUCACGAUAUCACGAUCCAAACAUGCCGCCCGAUAUGUACGGCCGCUAUGGCGGUAAACCGACGUCGAUGAUACCACCAAAUCGUCCACCACAACGUUACAUGCCGGGACCAGCACAGUCACCACAGCCACAACCUGGCCAGCAACAACCUCAGGGCCAGACACCGACAUUAAAUUCCUUACUACAAUCUCAUCCACCUACCCACAACCGAUAUCCGAAUAGUUACGAUCCUCAUCAACAAGCUCCACCACCUCCGAAUCCGUCACAAUCGCCCCAAUCACAGCAGCAGCAGCAACAACAACAACAGCAGCAGCCGCAGCAACAACAGCCACAACAACAAGCACCUCUUCCUCCUCAGGGAUAUCAAAAUUGGGCACCACGUCCGUACAGUCCACAACCAUAUAGACCGCCACCAAUACCGACAAAUUCAUCACGUGGUCAAUCUCCAUAUCCUCCAAUCAACAACACUGGACCGUAUCAAGCACCACAAGGAGCUCCGCCCGGUGCUUCACAGUAUUCGCCUUAUCCACAAAGAUAUCCAACACCACCUGGUCCACCGGGAUCGGGACCAAAUCAUAGACCACCAUAUCCACCACCUCCGCAUCAAUACUCAGAUCCAUCAAGGCCAUGGCCACCAAGUGGCCCAUCACCAGCAGCAAGCCCAGGACCAAGUGGACAUCCUCUACCGCCACAAUCACCACAACAUGGUCCACCACAAAGUCCUGGCGCACACGCGCCUAGUCCGUCACCUCAGCCACCACAACCAGCACAAUCACCUCAUCAGGAUUCGAUAGGACAAAAUAGCAAUGACAGCUCAAGUGGCGUUGGAACGGGUGUGGGAACAGCUCCCGGCACACCGAAUUCACUGGCAAUGAGACCAACGCCGUCGCCAACUGGAUCAUCUGGUUCACGGUCUAUGUCGCCAGCUGUUGGCCAACAGAGCCUUCCAAUGCCGCCACGUCCAUCGAGUAAUCACUCGCAAACAUCUAAUCAAGCACCAAUAAACAAUACGAAUCAAAGUAAUCAGCCGCAAACUAUUGAUCCGGCUGUAACGCCACCAACGCGUCCACCGAACGCACCGACCACACCAACACCAACUGGAAUGGCAGCUCAAGGUAGUUAUCAAACUCCGCCACCACAACCACCUCAUAUGCAUGGGUAUAAAAUGGGACCGAGUCCAGGACCUGGACUUGGUCCACAGAAUAAUAUGCCUCCAUAUCCACCUCAAUCACAGCAGCAAUAUGCUCAAGGUAAUUAUUCACCACGGCCUCAAUAUCCAACAAAUUAUGGUCCAGGACCGACAGUUCAACCUCCGCCAACAAAUAGCAUGCCUAUUGGUCCAGGUCAAUAUCCCGGUCGUCCAAUGCCAAAUCACGUAGCUCCACAUUCUCAAUUUCCACCAUAUCAACAAAAUUGGGGACCUCCAGCCCCACAAAGUGGUAUGAAUCAUGUGCAAGGGAAAAAUACUCCGCCGCCGCCUCCACCAGGCAGUUCGCCGAGACCAUUGAAUCAUUUAAAACAACAUUUGCUACAUAAAGGAGGAUACGGUGGAAAUCAAAGUCCAACGCCUCCGCAAGGUUAUGGCAAUGGACCGGGAAUGCAUCAGCCGAUGGGUCCGCCACAUCAUAUGGCACCAUCGCACGGUCCAAUGGGACCAACGAAUAUGGGACCACCAUCAACAACUCCACACAAUCCGCCACCACCAAGUGGCGCUAAUAGUCAUAUGGACAUUAAUAUGCCCACAGAUGGUCCUCAAGAUAAUGGAGUUAGUUCAUCCGGUUCAUCCAGUUCUUCUCUUCAUCCUGUUACAUCAAUUGUAACUACCGGACCUGAUGGUCAACCUAUGGAUGAAGCUAGUCAACAAAGCACGCUGUCAAAUGCGUCAGCAGCUUCGAUUGAAGAUCCGCAAUGUUCCACACCGAAGUCUAGAAAAAAUGAAUCUUAUAAUCAAGGUCACUUGGGACCACCAAGUGCGUCACCAGGAGCUCAUGCACAGCAUGAAGAUUUUGAAAUGGGUUCGCCAGCAUGGCAGCGAACGCCUGCUAGUCCAGUAAGUCGAACUGUAUUUAACAAUCAUCCUCCCGAGCCUGUACAUAGAACGUCUAAAAAAUCCGACAGUCUCUGUAAACUGUACGAUAUGGAUGAUAAACCAGAGAGGCGCGGAUGGUUGGACAAUUUACUUGGAUUUAUGGAGGAAAGGCGGACACCAAUAUCAGCGUGUCCAACAAUAUCAAAGCAACCGUUAGAUUUGUACAAACUGUAUAUGCUAGUAAAGGAACGUGGUGGAUUCGUUGAAGUGUGCAAGGUGGUUACCAAAAGUAAAACUUGGAAAGAUAUUGCUGGUUUAUUAGGCAUUGGUGCUAGUAGCAGUGCAGCGUACACGUUGCGAAAACAUUAUACGAAAAAUCUGUUCGCAUUCGAAUGUCACUUUGAUCGGGGCGGCGUUGAUCCAACGCCCAUUAUUCAACAAGUUGAAGCCGGUUCCAAAAAGAAAGCGACCAAAGCAGCAUCGGUUCCAUCACCAGAAACCAAUUUCAAAGGUUCAUCAAAUUCGCAAGAUUCGUUUCCUCCGCCCGGUUCAGCAUCGUCGUCAAUGGACGGUUAUGGUGGCUAUCCGACUGGCUAUCCGCCGAAUACUGGUCCCGGUUACAAUGAGCCACAAAUGCAACGACCACCGUCACAAAGUAAUUCACAAUCACCGCAUCCAGGUAAUGCGCUGCCAACUAGUGGUGAUAAUGUAAACCUCAACAAUCCCUUCGACGAUCCAGUCGGUUCUUCACCUCGUCCCCCAUAUCAACAAGGAGGCGCUCCUUAUUCUUCCUCUGUAACACGAUCACCAGGUGGUCCGUAUCCAGGACAACAAGGAGGUUAUUCGUACGGCGCACCGGAUCAAUAUGGUCCGCCGCCACAACCGCCCGGACAAUAUCCACCAACUCAAGGUCAAUUUCCUCCGCCAAAUCGAACGAUGUAUCCUCCAUAUGGCGGUUCUGAGGGUGACACAAGCGCUGCACCAGCAUCUGGUGCUCCACCGCCAGGUAGUGAUCCAUAUCGCGGUUAUCCGGGAACACCUGGAUCGUAUCCAAUUCCACCGCAAAGACCCUACAAUCAACAGCAACCAACACCUAAUACAACAUCAGCCACACCGCCAACAAGUGGUGCACCGCCACAAAAUCCACCAAGUUCACCAUAUCCACCGCCUCCGCAACAAUUUGAUUAUCGUCCGGAUCAGAUGUCACAAAAUUCGAUGAAUUCGAUUAAUAUGAAUUCGCAACUAGCGCGACAGCUUGUAGCCCCAAUGUCUCCCGCGAAAACAUCCCCCUACCAUCACAACUCACCACAACCACGAAGACAUCCUGAUUUUGCAAAGGAGCCACAGCCUUAUCCACCAUCACCUUACGGUCAGCGACCUCAAGUGUACGGCGGUUGGCAAAGUAGUGCUGGCGGUCCACCAGGACAAUAUAAUCGUGGACAAUAUCCACCACAACCAGGCCCACAACAAUGGAAUCCUGGACAAAGGCCACCUGGGCAACCUGGACAAUGGGAACACAAUAGAUAUCCACCACAGAAUCAGCAACAACCUUAUCCGCCGGUACAACAGGGUUCACAACCACAAUGGGGAAAUUUGGGUCAACCAACAGUGACUGGACCGCCAGGACCACCAGGAGCACCAAUGCGUCCACAACAACGUGGCGGAAAGCCAUUCAAUAUGCCACCGCCUCCGACUGGUUCAGUGAAACAAGCACCGACACCAUUUCCAACCUCAGCAACGCCGGCCAAACGGGACAUAGUAUUCCCACCGGACAGCGUUGAGGCCACAUCGCCAGUAUUGUAUCGACGAAAGCGGAUAUGUCGCGGAGAUAUAGGCACAACCGACCCAUGGCGAAUAUUCAUGUGCCUUCAGUCUGGUCUUCUGUCGGAAAGUACGUGGGCAUUGGAUGUGUUGAACAUUUUACUGUUCGACGAUUCUGCCGUUCAGUACUUUGGAUUGGCUAAUCUGCCGAGACUAUUGACAUUGUUGUUGGAUCAUUUCCAAAAGAGCUUAGCCGAUAUGUUCGAUCCGGAAGGUGAUGAUCGUUGCGGUUACGGAUGGCGUAGCUCGUUAACAAACGGCACUGAUGACGAUGAUGAUACAGUCGAUUUGGGACAAGUUACCGAACCACCAAAUCCAUCCGAUCGAGUUCUGGUUCUGUCGACCACUACAAAUUACACACUCAGCUCACGGAAGGGCGUACCAGUUAAGAUAAAAGAGGCUGACGAUGAUAUUUUUGUGUUAGAAACUGAACGAAGCUGGGACAUCGAUUCCAACAGAAAUUAUCAAUUAGGCAGUUGUGUGGGAGGCGAUGCCUGGACACACGGACACACACAGCCCCAUCCAUUCGAUCACAUUAUCAGCACAUUUAGAGCGGAAAUUGUUAACAUUCCAUUCGCAAGGUACAUUAAAAGUGAUAAAUGCAAAGACAGAGACUUUAAUAAGCAAACAACGACCACUGGUGAUAUAAAUCAAACAAAAACUGUGUCUACGACUCCGGUCGUGUUGAACAAUAGCAGCGGUACUGUGGUAGUGGAAGAUAGCAAAAAUGGUGAUACGAAAACGCUUACGAAACCGGUUCGGUUAAAAGAGGAAGUGAUAAACGAUGGAAUUGUGGACGACUGUAGUAAUAAUAGUAAUAAGAAUAAAGUAGCAGCUAACGAAGACGACCCUAUGUUGUCAGUGAAACGUGAACAGUUGGACAGUGAUUGUCGUGAGGUGGACAUGGAAUUAGAACGGAUACCGAAUGGGCCGCAAUCGGUUGAAACUGAUGACAGCAAAAGCUCGAUCAAAAAGGAACCCAAGCAAUUUGACUUCCGUUCCACGGUUAUUGAUCCGGCCAAUACACUUAAGCGGCGACGAAUCAAUGACUACGAGGACGAAUGCUAUGCACGCGACGAAGCCUCAUUGUAUCUGAUCAAUGAAAGCCAAGACACAUUGGCCAGGCGAUGCAUUUGCAUUUCGAAUAUCUUAAGAAAUAUGACCUUUGUUCCUGGCAACGAAUUGAUAUUUGCCAAUUCCGAAACAUUCCUUGCGAUUUUGGGUAAAAUCUUACUGCUACACCACGAUCAUCCAGUGCGAACGCAAAAGACUCGAAACUAUGAUCGCGAAGACGAUACCGACUUUGCCGAUUCGUGCAGUAGUUUGCAAGGCGAAACGGAAUGGUGGUGGGAUUACUUGAUACAAUUGCGAGAAAAUAUGAUGGUGGCAGUGGCAAACAUUGCCGGUCACAUGCAAUUAUCCAAAUACGAAGAACUGAUAACGCGUCCAUGCCUGGAUGGCUUACUACAUUGGGCUGUGUGUCCGUCAGCGCAUGGACAAGAUCCGUUCCCGUCGUGCUCACCGAAUGCAUCGUUAUCACCGCAACGAUUAGCGCUUGAAGCACUAUGUAAAUUAUGCGUCACCGAUGCCAAUGUUGAUUUAGUGAUAGCAACGCCCCCAUUUUCACGACUCGAAAAACUGUGCUCUGUACUUACAAGACAUUUGUGUAAAAAUGAGGAUCAGGUGUUACGUGAAUUUUCUGUAAAUCUUUUACAUUACUUGGCCGCCGCUGACAGUGCCAUGGCCCGUACAGUAGCCAUGCAAAGUCCAUGCAUUUCCUAUUUGGUGGCAUUUAUCGAACAAGCCGAACAAACGGCACUGGGUGUGGCCAACCAGCAUGGUAUUAACUUUUUGCGCGAAAAUCCCGACUCAAUGGGUACGAGUCUGGAUAUGUUACGUCGAACAGCUGGCACUCUACUGCAUCUGGCUAGACAUCCGGAUAAUCGACCGCUAUUCCUGCAACAAGAACAACGGCUACUCGGCCUGGUCAUGAGCCACAUACUGGACCAACAGGUUGCAUUGAUCAUAUCCCGAGUACUAUUCCAAGUGAGCCGUGGCACCGGUCCGAUGACCAUGAACGAAAUGCGACCGAAACCGUAUGCCUCACUAUUCACGGGCAGCAACAGCAACAAUCACAACAGCACAAUACCAUCAUCAUUCAGUUCGUUACAAACGACACUACCAACGGCCUCAACUCAGUCAAUUGUUUCAUCGGCACCGCAACCAUCAUCGUCGUCGUCGUCGUCAAUAACCACAACUGCCGUUGAAACACCGGUAGCAUCAACAACGACAACAACAGUGACUGCAUCAUCAUCAUUAUCGCCACCGUUGUCGACAACCGAAACUGUAUCGACAGCUACCGUUACACCAUCCCAGUCAACGCAACCAACGGCAAGCAAUGCAACCUUAGCGCCACCUCCAUCUCCAAUAACUCCGAUUAUACCGUCACCGGCAGUAGCAACUGCCGCCCAGCCAACAGGAGCAACACAACAGCCGACGCCUGCACCACUAGCAGCAACUGUGUCGUAGUCGACGAUUGAUCGGAUUUAGGUGAGAAUUUGAGAUGGGAAAAAAAUUGUUUUUUGUUUUUUCAAUGUUUCAUUACCGUGUACCGGUUGGGAUGAGUAAAGUAGACGGAAAUGGAAGAAAUGGAAAUUUUAAAAGAAGAAUGGACGCUGUGUAAUUAAUUUAUUCGUUUUAAGAAAAUGUAGAAAACAAAGUACGUUUUUUAGUGGAAUAAAAAAGUAUAAUAAAAAUGGAGGCGACAAGAAAAUUAUUUAAAAAAACAAAACAAAAAUAUUUUUAAUGAAAAAUUAAUAUAAAAAAAUUCCGAAAAAACGGGAACGGAAAGAAGAAGAAAAAUUAUUAAAACAAAAAAAAUGGAACACUCUUAAUUUAUCUCUGAACGUAAAACUAUUAAAAAAUUGAAUCGAUAGCAAAAAAAAAAACGGAGAGAAACAUAUUGCAAUGUUUCUGGUGCGGGAAGAACUGUGGAUUUAUAAAACAAAAAAUAAAUUUAAAAUGAAGAAAAAACAAAAAACUAUAAAAAUGAUUUAUAGUGAAAGUGAUAAAGAACAAAAACAAAAAGUUUAAAUUGUAAAAAAUAAUGAUAAAUAGAAAUGGACAAACAGAAAUUUAAAUUUAAAUUAAAUUAAAUUAACUAAUUAAUUAUAGAUGAUGAUGUAUUAAAACAAAAGCUAAAAGAAAAGCAAAACCUAAUGAAAUGAGAAAAAACAUUUUUUUAAAAUUAAAUUCAGUUAUUUAGUUUAAAAACGAGAAAACCCUUUAUACACACAAAAGAGAAAGAAAAGAAAAAUUAAAUAAAGAAAUUUCUAAAGAUCUGAUAGAGAGGAAAAACAACACGAACUAUAUAACUUGUACUAUAAUUAAUUAAUAUAAUGCUGACGUGUGUUUAACUGAAAAAAAAACCAAUGGCGAAAAACAAAAGUUUCUGUAGAACGAAAAAGCAGUGUUUUUUUCUGGUGAAUUCUUACUCUUUCAAAAAAUAAAAAACCAACAAAAAAUCACCGUAGAACAAAACAAAUAAAAAAUAUUUUGGAAAAAUUAGGAGUGCAACUUUUAGAAGAAGAAAAAAUAAUAAUUUAUGUGGAAAUGCAUAAGAAAAACAAAACAAACAAAAAAUUUAUUUAAAAUAUUUUCAACAAAACAAGAAAAAUGAUAUUUUAUUUUGGUGAGAUAAAAUGAUUAAAAAAUUCAUUGAACUAGCAAAUCAUUAGUUUGAGUAAUAAGAAGAAGAAGAAGAAAAUAAAACUUAAAAAAAAAACACACAAAAUUCCAAUAAAAAAAAUUGAGAAACGAAAAAUAAUUGAAAUGAACUAAAAGACAUAAAUGGAAAAAAAAUUUAAAAAAAUGGAAAAUUUAUGUUGAUUUAUGUUUUGUCAAUUUAAAAACUUACGCGUGAAAAAAAGCAGGGAUUUGAUCAAUGAUAAAUAUAAAUAAUUUAUUUUAUUAUUUGCUUUUCGUUUAUUUUAUUAUUUUUUUGUUUAAACCAGACGAUAAAUCUUAAAGAAGAAAAGAUUAUUAAAAAUUGUGUCUUUUCACAAUCGAGAAAAAAUAAUAAUUAAAAAAAAAACUGAUCAAUGAAAGGAACACUUGAACACACAGAGAUAUACCCGUGGGCCCGAUUCAAAGAGAGAGAGAGAAGAGAAAUACAAAAAAAAGUAAAAGUUAAUUUUAAAUGAGAAAAAAUUGUAAAUAAAGAAAAAUGCAAAAAAAAUGAAUUA